AUGGGCGCAUUCAUGUUUGGAUAUGACCUCGCCUUUAUUGGAACAUCGAUCGAGCUAUCGUCAUUUCAAAGGGACUUCGGCUUACAGGGUGCAUCAGAAUCUACCAAAAAUGCAUUCGCGGCCAACAUUGUUUCUCUGCUUCAAGCCGGGUGUUUCUUCGGGGCUCUCGGCGCAGGGCCGGUUGGUGAGAAGAUCGGUCGCCGAUUAGCCCUGGCACUCAGUGCCAUCUUCUUCACAGUUGGGUCAAUUAUGCAAACGGCGUCUUCGGGGCAAACAUCUCUUAUCUUCGUUGGCAGGGCAAUUGGUGGUCUGGGAGUCGGGUCAGCCAGCAUGUUGGUGCCUCUCUACUCUGCCGAGUGUGCUCCACCAAACAUUCGUGGCCGGCUCGUCGGGAUAUAUGAAAUAGGUGUUCAAACUGGGACCUGCAUAGGGUUUUGGAUCAACUACGGUGUGGAUCGUAAUAUGGCUUCGACAUCUUCCCAAUGGAUGACCCCUUUCGCUUUGCAGCUCAUUCCAGCUGGCCUUCUUUUGAUUGGUCUAAUAUUUAUGCCUGAUUCGCCCAGAUGGAUGGCUAAAGUUCAUGGAAGAUCUCGAGCUACUCAAGUCCUCUGUCAUCUGAGGGGCCUCCCGGCCUCCGAUCCGACUCUACAGGGCGAAAUCGAAAAUAUUCUUCAACAACUCGAGAUCGAACGGGCUACCGGCCCUGGUAACCAUCGGUCGAUUGUUCGCGAGCUGCUUCAGCCAGAUAUCCGUUAUCGGGUGUUCUUGGGUAUCAUUAUCAUGAUUUUCUUUCAAAUGGCCGGGUCGAAUGCCAUCAAUUAUUACUCUCCACGUAUUUUCCGCUCAAUUGGGGUUACUGGCACUCAAACAACGUUGGUCUCUACAGGCAUCUAUGGUAUAGUGCGACUUUUGGCGGUCUUCCUUGCCAUGUACUUUGCAGUUGAUCGGUUUGGCCGUAAGCCCAUGCUGGUUUUCGGGAGCAUCAUCAUAGCAAUUUCUAUGUGGCUCAUUGGAGUCUGUGUCAAAAUUCAAGAACGCGAAUCCAACUCUGAUAAGUCUAUGAGUGGAUCUUCCUAUGCAGCUGCAGUCUUUAUCUUCGUGUUCGCCGUGUCUUUCUGUUUCAGCUGGGCUGGUAUUCCUUGGAUUAUUUGCUCUGAGAUUUAUCCUUUGCAAGUUAGAGGUAUCAGUAUGGGCAUUUGUACUGCAACACAUUGGCUUUUCAAUUUCGUUAUCGCGCGAAGCGUACCCUAUAUGAUUUCGAACAUCACCUAUGGGACUUAUUUUCUUUUUGCCGCCUGUUCAACCCUAUCGAUUCCCUUUGUGUGGUUCUUUAUUCCCGAGACAAAAGGAGUACCUCUGGAAGAAGUCGAUGUUCUAUUUGAACGUCGUGUAUUCGGAUUCGGGCAACAAAGUACAUCUGAUAGGCCAGAACUUUCGGACGAGAAGGCCACAGUGCAACAGAUUGAAGCUGUCUAA